UAAACUAGAUGGGUGAACCAUGACCUCUCCGGCAACGGUAAACAGCAGGUCAACUUUUUGGCCUGAUAGUUGGAGCAGUCCCUUGGACCACUUCCUCCACCCUCUCAUCCACAGGCACAGUCCUCAACAUACUUGCAACAAUGACGAGGGUAUACAGAUGGAUAUGAUUAUUCUGACUCCGUACUCCAGGACACUGAAUUGGACUGUGGACAUCUUUGAGAAUAAAGUAUUGAAUUUUAGCUUUGAAAGUGUUCACAACCACACUGAGUGCACAGUGUAGGCCUCAGAGCCAUUUUGAUGCAAGUUACCUGAAAAGACCUUUGCUAACACUUCUUCCCUUUCUUACUUCUGGUUUGAGGAUGACUGACUAUUUUCCAUUGUUUUGCUUCUUCAUUUCACCUGAAAUCUUCACAUUAAAUCUGCAAGUCAGGAUGAAGAGUCAAAACACCACAAGAUUUCUAAAUGGUUUUAAAGAAAACACUUUUGACUGUAAGUAACAGCAAUAACAAGGUACUACAAAAGUAAGGAUCUCUGCAUGGUGGAAAGAAAUCCAACUAAGUAGUGCUUGAUGGUUAAAAUGUUGAACUGUUCUGCCAGUGUCAGAGACAUGAAUCUUUGGGAGCUACAACGCAACAAAAGCCGAGCAUAUCUUGAAUGGGACAAUUGUUUGUACCAUCUAAAAACCAAUGUGACUAAAUACAUUUUGAAACACAGUAUUUGCCUAAUUCAUUGGGGAGGUAAAAAUUAUGGCCGAGGUUGUUAACCAUUGCUGUUGUUAUCCAGUUUCAGUCCAGGAGGCAGACACCGUCUCCACAUUUGAGAAUACGCUUUAAGGGAAAGUGCACCCAAAAAUGAAAAUUCACCCAUUAUCUACUCACCCAUAUGCCGAUGGAGGCUCAGGUGAAGUUUUCAGUCCUCACAACAUGUGCGGAGAUCCAAGGGGAGAGGGGGUAGCAACAUAACUCCACCUAAUCGAGGCGUACUGGCAGAACAGUUAAACAUCUUUGAUAAAGCUUGUAGUUAGGGCUUGCUCAGACUUGCCUUGGACUAUUUGGUAGUUAGAUGGACUUUGGCCUAGUAUAUCCAGGGGAUGUCCCAUGAUACACUGACCUUCUCUCUCUGUUUGUACACAUUCAUGUCCCAUUAAUGCAUGUUACUGACUUGGCUUCUUCCCUGGAACUUUUGUGCUUUCUCAGGACAGUGUGAACAGACUUAAAAAGCCAACUUGGUUGCACCAGGAGGGCAGUCAUCAAAAAUUCCAUGACAGCGAUGGCACAUCUUACGUCUCUUCUCUUUGUGCUGUGAGUCGGUGUCACAGUGAGCACCGUGGUGGAUCUGCAGAAGAGAAUUACUGGAGGUCAAGACUGUGGACCAAAUGAGCGUCGUUACCAUGUGAAGUUGAGGAUAACUAAUGGUGCCCAUGAGAUGUUGUGUGGUGGCUCUCUGAUCAGUGACCAGUGGAUUCUGACUGCAGCACACUGCCAGGAGCCAGGAUGGAAAAUAUAUGCAACUUUAGGUGUGCAUCCAAGGCCAGGAAAAGAAGUGGAAAUCAAAUCAGCACCUGUUGUCUUUAAGCACAAAGAUGUCAUGAAGAUAGACAGGACUCAUGACAUCAUGCUGCUGAAGCUACCUGAACGUACUGACAUUAAACCUGUACCACUUCCUGACUGUAACAAUCGUCCCAAAAUAGGGGAUACGGUUCAGAUUGCAGGUCAUGCAGCCACAGCUACAGGCCCAAAUAAUGCCAUACUGAUUGUUGAAUCUGCUACUCUCCUGUGUCUAAACACCGAGGUUGUUGACUGUCAGGAGCUCAGAGAAUGUGUGAAGGAGCGUGACCCACAGUUUUAUGCAUCUAGACGUUAUCAACACUGGUUCUGUUGCCACAGACAAGGAGUGGAAAGCAAUCAUGGUGACUCUGGUGGAGGAGUGGUGUACAAUGACAUGAUUUACGGUGUCAUUUCUUUCGGUGACAAACCAACCCCUGCCUGUGUUGACACAGAUGGAUAUAUGGACGUCUGUGCAUACAAAGAUUGGAUCGAAAGCAAAACUGGCAGUGUCUUCACUAAAAUUGCCAAAGCGUUGGAAUGUUUGUGGUGUUUUUAACUGUAAAAUGUCCAGCCAUUUAACAGACAUUUCCAUCGAUUGGUUCACAUUAAAUGUUCAGCUGUUACUUGUAAAACCCUUUAACCCUUUAAAACCUGAGCAAAUUGGCUUGAUGUCUUUUAAAAACAUGGGAAGAGGGCAGAGAGCAACAAAAGAAGAAAUUUGCAAGAAAUUAGUAAAAAAAAAUAAUAAAAAAAAAUUAAAAAAAAUUAAAAAGAAAAUUAGUUUAAAAAAAGUUAAAAUAACAUGGAAAGAGUGCUUAAAAAUAUAAUAUUUCUGAAAAAUGUAAUAAUAAUAAUUAUAAAUAUUGUUUCCCCAAAGCUUUUUUCCGUAGUUUAAAAAAAAUGUAUUCAUUAUUAUUAUUAUUAUUAUUAUUAUUAUUAUUAUUGCAAAAUAAUUUUCUAAAUCUUUUUUGUUUUGUUCUGCAAUUUGUGGGACAUUUCUAACCAAAAUGCCCAUUGCCGUUUUCCCAUAUUUUUUAAAGAAAUUGCACCAAUCUGCUCAGGGUUCAAAGGUUCCAAUAUUUGUGAAAGGCAAGCAAGGAAAGUGAUGUCACCCCAGGUUUCAAAGGGUUAAGACAAAAAA